AUGAGCGAAGCGCUGCAAUUUGAGAUCCCUGCGCUAGAUGACGACCUGCUCAAGGAUCGUGCGCGCACCUUUAGCGAGUUUCUCGAUGAUCAUAGCGGCGCGAGCGACUACCGCAGUGCAAUUAAGCGCAUGCUCAAUGCUGACGGCCGGCGGCUUGUCGUAAAUUUGGACGAAGUGCGCACCUACAACCGCGACUAUGCCGAUGGUCUGUUAAAUGAUCCCACUGGGUACAUUCCACCAUUCGAGAACGCGCUCAACUUGCUGGUUGAGCAGCUACAAGAGCCGUCGAAGCACGAUAUCCAUGGGAAAAUGUACCAUAUCGGUCUGCGCGGGAGUUUUGGCGAGAACCAUGUGAAUACAAGGACGCUACGCAGCACGUUUCUGGGGAAAAUGGUGAGUUUGGAAGGUAUUGUGACACGGUGCUCGCUUGUACGGCCCAAGAUUGUCAAGUCGAUCCACUUUUGCGAGGCCACGGAUCGGUUCCACAUGCGCGAGUACAGAGACGCGACGAUGAUUGGCGCUGGCCCGCCGAGCUCGUCGACCUACCCCACCACCGACGAAAGCGGAAACAGGCUUGUAACCGAGUAUGGCCUGAGCGUGUACCGGGACCACCAAACGAUCACGAUCCAGGAAAUGCCAGAGCACGCGCCCCCUGGUCAGCUUCCUCGCGCGGUCGAUGUUGUGAUGGACGAUGAUUUGGUGGACCUGUGCAAGCCUGGGGAUCGGCUGCAGCUGGUAGGGAUGUACAAGACGGUCGGGAACCGCGUCGGGCACAGCAACACGUCCAACUUCCGCACGCUGCUGCUCGCCAACAACGUGCACCUUUUGUCGAACAAGUCUGGCGGCGGCAUCACACACCUAUUUUUAAGUGACCUGGAUAUCCGCAACAUUAACCGUAUCGCAAAAAGGCGCAACGUGUUUGAUUUGCUCGCGCAAUCACUCGCGCCGUCUAUUUUUGGGCUGGACUAUAUAAAAAAGGCCGUGCUCCUCAUGCUUUUGGGCGGCUUGGAAAAAAACCUCGCGAACGGCGCGCAUAUCCGUGGCGAUAUCAAUAUCCUCAUGGUCGGCGAUCCAAGCACUGCCAAGAGCCAGGUGCUGCGUUUUGUGCUGAAUACUGCGCCGCUCGCAAUCGCCACCACCGGCCGUGGCAGCUCCGGUGUCGGUCUCACCGCGGCCGUCACGACCGACCGAGACACGGGUGAGCGGCGCUUGGAGGCCGGUGCAAUGGUGCUUGCCGACCGCGGCGUUGUGUGUAUCGACGAGUUUGACAAGAUGUCCGACUCGGACCGCGUCGCGAUCCACGAAGUGAUGGAGCAGCAAACGGUCACCAUCGCCAAGGCGGGUAUCCACACGACUUUGAACGCGCGGUGCUCUGUAGUUGCUGCUGCGAACCCAAUCUACGGGCAGUACGACGUGCAUAAAGACCCGGGCAAGAACAUUGCGCUCCCCGACUCGCUCCUCUCGCGUUUUGACUUGCUCUUUGUCAUCACCGACGACGUGGACGAGCACCGCGACCGUUUGAUUAGCGAGCACGUUUUGCGCAUGCACCGCUACCUGCAGCCAGGUCAGCCAGUCGGCGCGCCUGCCCGCGAUAAUUUGGAGCAGGUCCUCGAGGUGGGCGGGCCAGACGAGGAGGAGCAAGCCGAGGGGAUUGAAGACGAGUCGCCGUUUGAAAAGUACAACCCCACUUUUCACGUGGGCAUUUCGGGCGCGAAUGCACGCAAAGAGGUGCUCGCGCUCCUGUUUAUCAAGAAGUACAUCCAGUAUGCCAAGUCGCGCCUAACGCCCGUGCUCACGCAAGGCGCGGCCGAAUGGAUCACCAACGUCUAUGCAAACCUGCGCAACGACGAGCUUGGCGGCGCGCAGCGCAAGACAGCGCCCAUCACUGCCCGUACGCUCGAGACGCUUAUUCGUCUUGCAACCGCAUACGCCAAAGCGCGACUCAGUCCCCGCAUCGAGGAGCGCGACGCGGAAGCAGCUGAAGAAAUUCUGCGCUACGCGCUGUUCAAGGAAGUGAUGCGCACCAAGACGACGAAGCGCAGGAAGACACGCAAAGGCGACGAUGACGAAGAGGAAGACGAGGAGGAAGACUACAUGGAGGACGCAGCGGACCAAGACGAGGCAGAGCGCGCGCUCGGCGGAUACCAGCAGCAAACCGCGUACGCGACGCGGCAGGCGCGCGCCGCCCAGGACACGGACGCGGAGCACGAAGCUGCAGUGCGCGAGGUGGCCGCGCUGGCUGAGCAGAUGCACGAGACGCGCCGUGCCGUGCCUCAAAACGACCGGUUCCGCUCGUUUCGUUCCGCAGCGAGCCAUGUACUGCAUGCAGACUUGGAAGACGUGCAGGAGGUUGCGUUUGCCACAUUGCUGUCCAUGGUCAACGACCGUGUCGACGACCGUGUCGACGCGCCAUUUUCCGCGGACGAAGCGCGCGCGAUCCUCAGCGCGAUGCACCACGACAACCAGCUGCAAUUCUCUGACGGUGCGUACGACGCGCCUCCACUAACAUUAGAUGUGGUGUAUAAAUUGUAG